AUGUCAACAGAAGCUGCCCCAGAAAAUGGAAAUCCUCAAGCCAGAGAAGCAUCUCCGGCAGCAAAGCCAACAGAGAAGGAUGGCGAUUCCCAGGAAAGCGAUUCCGCACAUGAGGAUAUGACAAUGACAGACGUGGUGGCCGACCCGAAAGCAGUUCCCACAGAGGCUGUCAAGGCCGAAGUCGCAUCCGAGGUCAAGCUUGAGGACCUUUUUGCAGAUAUGGAUUCGGACGAGGAGUUUCCUAGCUUAACUGGUCAAGAAAGUAACAUUAGGAGCUCUCCCCCGGGGGCGCCUGCAUCCCCUUUUCAUAUUGGCCCUGAAUCGCGAGCUUCUGAUCCAGAAGUAAUGAAAUCCUUCUACCAGCGUUUGUUCCCCUGGCGCUACCUCUUUCAAUGGCUCAACCAUUCUCCCACGCCCUCCAACGACUUCGGACACCGUGAAUUCGCAUUCACAUUGCAGAACGACGCAUACCUCAGAUACCAAGCUUUUCCUACCUCAGAUCUCCUGCGCAAAGAUGUCCUUCGCCUUAUGCCUUCGAGAUUUGAAAUUGGUCCUGUGUAUAGCACUAAUCCCCGCGAUCGAAAGACCCUUCGGAAAUCGGCCGCUUUCAAGCCAAUCUCCAAAGAAUUGUGUUUCGAUAUCGAUUUGACGGAUUACGAUGAUAUUCGAACAUGCUGUGACAAGGCGAAUAUUUGCAACAAGUGCUGGCAAUUCAUAACCAUGGCUAUCAAGGUCAUUGAUGUGGCAUUGCGAGAGGAUUUUGGGUUCAAGCACAUCAUGUGGGUUUACUCGGGAAGGAGAGGGGCUCACGCGUGGGUUUGCGAUAAGAAAGCCAGAGCGAUGGACGACCAGAAGAGAAGAGCUGUCGCAGGCUACCUGGAAGUUAUCAAGGGUGGAGCACAAAGUGGAAAGCGGGUGAACGUGAAGAGACCACUUCAUUCUCACGUAGCCCGAAGUCUUGAUAUCCUGAAGUCUCACUUUCAAACAGACAUUCUCCAAGAUCAAGAUCCGUGGGAGACGGAUGAGAAGUUUGAUAGGCUCCUACAACUUCUCCCGGACAAGACACUAAAUGAAGCCUUAAGGAAGAAAUGGAGCUCCGCACCGGGCCGUGCGUCGAAAUCAAAGUGGGCUGAUAUAGAUGCUCUUGCCAAAACAGGAGCUAGCAAAGCCCUCGAUCCUAAGGCUCUACUCGAUGCCAAGCAAGACAUUGUCCUUGAAUACACAUAUCCCCGUCUAGAUAUCGAAGUCAGCAAACAUCUCAACCAUUUGUUGAAGAGUCCCUUUGUUGUCCAUCCUGGCACUGGAAGGGUGUGUGUUCCGAUAAAUACGAAACACUGUGCAGACUUUGACCCCUUGGGUGUCCCUACUGUUACGGAGCUCCUCCAAGAAAUUGACGAAUGGACAACACCCGAUGGGGAAAACGGCGGGAAGACCUUUCAAGACUGGGAGAAGACGAGUCUGAAGCCCUAUGUGGAGUACUUCAGAACUUUUGUUAUAGCACUAAUGAAAGACGAGAGAGAUGUCAAGGUUAAACGGGAGCGUGAUGAAGGAGCUGAUGCAAUGGAGUUUUGA